AUGCUGAGUCUGAGGCAAGGCAAGUCCACUCCAGGAGACAGUCUCCAGACCCCCACAAUCAUCUUUCCUAAACAGGCCACCGUGGUUGUUCAAAGUGACCGAGCUCUUGACCAGACCAGACCACAUAGUCCCAGAGCACGAGUGUCCAGAACUUCUUUCAGUGGACCAAUCACCACAGUUGACAGUUCAGGUAAUGUAAUCGACCUGGUGAAAGACGCGCUGCCAGAGAUGCGGCUGUCAGAGGAGGAGCGUAAAAAGAACCUGGAGCUUUUGGAGCAGGCGAAGAAAGCCAGCGACCGCUUCUUGACCCGCCGCGGCCGCCGUUCCACUAGCAGCCUCACAGACUCCCCCACACGUCUGUCUCCAAGCACCACUCCAACUUCUCUUUCUUCACCUUGUUCCUCCAGGAGUAACUCUCUCACCGUGGCUCCACACACCAGCUUUAGUCCAGUGGAUCUCACACAAGCAAGCCCUGUAUUUUCUCCGCAUCUGGAGGUUCCGUCACCAAGAGAUCCGCCCAGCGUAACACACGACAAUGAGGCACUCCGGCCGCUGCUGGACUGGAAACCUGCAGAAAAGAGAAAAGUUUCGUCUGGGAGCCUAACUCCACGCUUUGCUCUUCCAAAAGAGAACUGUGAUCAACCUAAAAGCCACCAAAUGGUGCCCAAAUCAGACGGUGAGACCAGUCCAGGCCGGAACCUGAACCAGACACCGGCCACGGGAGUUGCUAAGCCUGUCCCAAGACCCCCAACACAGCAGGCCCCAUGCACAGCGGAGAUCAAAACCAUCGGAGCCUUUCCUCCCCUCAUGAGAGCCGUGACCUGGGACUCUGUGGGCAGUUUGAAGCCGAUGAACGGGGCUCCGAGUUUCCCCCCCAUGCCAGAGGACACGUUCUCAGUCUCUGAUGCUGCUGUCAAUAAAUCCCAAUCCUCAGGUUACAAAGACAUCCUGCUGCAGCCGGUCGGCAUCCAAAAACUGUCCAAACUCAGAGAAGAGCACAAGUUGAUGCGAAACCAGAGCAUAUCAAAGUUGCCUGAGUUGAGUGAAUCUUCAGAACAGGAAAAAGGUGGCCCUCCAGUGUCUCCAGCUGUAAACGGUGGCGAUGAGUCUAAAGAGAAGUCUGAUGUUUUGCCUCAUAUUUCUGAUGUGAUGCUGCGUAAACUCAAACUUCACAGAGGUUUACCUGGCUGUGCUCCACCACUUACUGAGAAAGAGGUUGAGAAUGCAUUUGUCCAGCUGUCACUGGCCUAUCGCAACGACAACUACACCCUGGAGAUGCGACUCAAACAAGCUGAAAGGGAGAGGAAUCUGACAGAGGAAGACACUGAGAAGGAACUGGAGGAGUUUAAAAAUUCCCUCAAAAUUACUUCACCACAAUGGCAGAACAUGGAGCAGCGUGAUGCCUACCAGCGUUUAAUUGAGACUGUGUCCGUGCUGCACCGAUUGGCUACACGACUCUCCAGCCGCGCCGAGAUUGUGGGCGCAGUUCGGCAGGAAAAGCGUUUGAACAAGGCGACAGAAGUCAUGAUGCAAUAUGUGGAAAAUCUCAAAAGAACCUAUGAAAAGGACCACGCAGAGUUGAUGGAGUAUAAGAAGCUGGCCAACCAGAACUCAAACCGCUGUUACGGCAGCUCUGCCGACACUGGAGAUGACGGAGUCCCACGGUCAUCGAGAUCUAUGUCUGUCACUCUGGGCAAAGCACUGCCCAGACGCAGGGUCAGUGUGGCAGUUGUGCCGAAGUUUAGUUUGCUGAACAUCCCGGGUCAGAACCCCUCGACAGCCGGACCAGGCCCCAGCGUGGGACCCUCCGCUGGGGCCACGCUUCCUGUACUGUGUGAAGCCAACAAUCCCAAAGUCAUUCACGUUCCCACAGAGACGCCCCAAGCAGCUGAGAGUGGAAAGAGUGCUUCAGACCAGGAAGGUGAGACAGCCAAGCCUUCAGUCAACGUGGAGGAGCUGAGAGCGGAGAUCAGAGCCGAACUCAAGGCCAAGAUAGAGGAGGAGGCCUACAAUAAAGGACUCCAAGAGGGAUUAAAGCAAAUCAAAACACAAGAAGAGGCCGUUGAGGAGGAAAGUGUUUCGGACAUAUUACCUCUGGAAGUGAAUCAUAAGGAUGAAGAAAGUGGGAAGAAGAUCACACCAAACAGGAGCAUGGAAGAGAUCUUUGUUUGUCUUGGGCGUUUUUGUCCCAGAGUCUCUUGGAGCAAACGCCUUCUUUUGAUUGUCCUUAUGAUUGUUCUGUUGAUGUGCCUGGUCAUAACAUCAGUUUGUCUUUCUGCUUUUGGUUUUUGUCCAUUUAAUAUCAGAGUUUUCCCUGCUGUGGACCACAUUGCUGGAGUCUUCCAAGUUAGCUGUGUAAAUUAUGUGAAUGUGGCAUACUAUGCAUUUAAUGCAUCAGAAGCCCGCAGAACCUUCGUGGUAUUUUUUUCGGAGACUAUAUUGCUUCUGUAUCUCAAGUGCAAAAGGCCAGACAGAGGUCUGAAAAUGAGGUUUGGCUGGACAGAUGAGAAUUUAGCUGUUAUCCCUCGCAUAACUGCACAGGAAAAUUGUGGUCAAAAUCAGACUGGUUUGGUCAAAUGGAGAGCUAAACUUGAAAAGGCAUUUGAUGUCUUCUGCUUCAAUGAAUCAGCCGCUUUGGUGGAUCCUACAACAUUUCCCACUCAGUCCACGUCCAGCUCCUCACUGCCCACACCUGUCCCCUCUCAGAGCAUCUUCACGCACACGGAAAGUGUGGCUGAGAAGGCCUUGAGAGUUGGCAGUGCUCAGGGAUCCUCUGGAAAAAAGGCAGUGGCGAUUACAUCAGUUGUCGCAGUCUUUCUGGCUUUAAUCGCAGCAGUGGUAUACAUCAAAUUAAAGUGUAAUUCUGACAAGGAGCCGCGCAUAUGA